AUGAGGGUCAAAUGCGGCGGUUCCGUCAUCGAAUCAAAGAAGGCCGUUAAAUACUUGAGCAUAACAGUUGAUCAAAAAAUGAACUUCAUUGAGCACGCGACGUUAGUGCACAACAAGGUGUCCAAAACACUUAGGCAACUAUGGCAUAUCCUGCCGAAUAUGGGUGGCGCCAGGGAGAGCAAAAGGCAUCUACUGGUCAAUGUCGCCAUGGCUCAGCUCCUAUACGGAGCACCGUGUUGGGAGGCUGAUAUGGGCCAGUCUGGAUGGAGAAAAAUAGAGCCAUUGCACAGGCGCAUAGCCAUACUCAAAGUAUGUGCGUACAGAAGCGUAUCCUACGCAGCGGUAGCCGUGGUAGCGGGUAUGCCGCCUAUUAGGCUACUGGCCAAAGAGAGGGCGGAGUUAUACGAUGGAUUAGUCAGAGAGGGGAUAAGAAGAAAGCUAAUGGAAAACUGGCAACGAAGCUGGAACGAGGACCUUAAGGGAAGAUGGACCCACAGGCUUAUACCAAAGAUUGACAUCUUGGUUAACAGAAGGCACGGAGAGGUCGGCCACUGGCUAUGUCAAUUUCUGACGGGCCAUGGUUCUUUUGGAGUAUACCUGGUGAAGUGGAGAAGAAGGAGUUUCGAUAAGUGCCAAUUAUGUGGGAUUACGCCGGACACCAUCGAACACGUGGUCUACAAUUGCGAUGCAUGA